CCCAAUCAAGAAUCUAUUUUGAAGGGUCCUUCAAUCAGCUAGACUCAAGAAUUAGUGGAUGGGAGUCCCAUGGCAAAGUGUAAUUUGUGUGUCAUUUCUGUAUUAUGUAUUUGAUGCUUGUUUGCACUUGCCCCAACCAUUGUGCUAGUUUCCGUAGUAUAAGAACAAGGUAGCUGUGGAUGGCUACCAUGGGUGGGGAAAGACUUCCUCCCACGUAACUACUGUCUGUGUUGCCCAAUACUGGGAGACUGCAGGACUUGUCUCUUCACAUUCAACUCACUUUGAGGCUUGGCAGUAACCACUUGCCUCUGGCAAUCAUUUUUGUUCUUAAUUGUGAAUUGGAAUUUUUCCACUAUCCAAGAGGAUCUUUGCAAAAAGUUGUGGAGUUUGUUUUCUGCCUUUUUUGUUGUUGUUGAGAAAAUGAGGAUUUUCAUCGCCUUUGAAGGAUCGUUUGAACCGUUUGAUGUUUCAGCAGAUGAAACUGUAGGGGCUGUCAAGCUGAUGAUACAGGAUUAUUUCCAUAUUAGUCUGUCUGAAGAUGAACAAGGCAGGCGGUAUCUGGAGCUGAUAUAUGCUGGAGCACCCCUAAAGGACAGCUGGAGUCUUGCUGAUGUUGGAAUAUCUUUUUGUUCAACUCUCAAAUGCUCUGUUAAGGAAGAAAAUAAGCCAACUCUCUAUGUGUUCAAUGCUGUGACCCAAGAGAUAAUGCCGAUGAUGGAGAGCAUUUCUUUUCUUGGUAAAAAAGUGUCUGAUCUGAGGACAAUGGUAUCUCUGAGAUGUGGCUUCCCUGUGAGUGUCUUCUGUCUCCGGACCCCAAAAGGACUGGAGAUGUAUGACUGCAACACCCUCGGGGACUACAAGGUGGCCAUCGGCACAACACUGCGCUUGGACGUCUGGGAUGGAUGGAAGGAAUUCCUGAAAGGCUGUCUCCUCGGACAAAAACUUAAAGCCCAGCGCUAUUUAUCAAAUGAAGGACCAGUACUCAAGUAUCAGAAAAGGGUAGCCCUGUACAUUGCUGCCUUUUACGGGUACGUCGAGCUCACAGAAUGGGCCCUGAAGCAGGGCGCAAGGCCCUAUGAAGCAGUCGGUGUUCACCCCUGUCGAGUAUGGUGCCACGAAGCCCUUCAUGCAGAUGUCUCUAAAUGCCCCAUUCAUGCAGCAGCAGAAGCCGGCCAACUGUUGAUUCUGAAGGCCUUUGUCAACUGCAGCGUGCUGUGCCUGGAAUGCAAAAAUUUAUCAGGCCAAAUUCCCCUGACCAUUGCAUUCAAACACCAGCAUAAAGACUGUGUAUUAUAUUUAUUGAGUAAAAUGUGGUCCACGGUUUCUUUUCCAAAAAUUUCAGUCCCCAUGAGGAUUUAUGUUAGAAUAAAACAAUGGGUCCUCAGAGCUCAGAGUCACAACUUUAAUAAAAGUCAGCUUUGCAGAGCAAGGGUCUUUGGGGAGAAAGUUGGAGACACUGUGGUGGUGGAUGGUUUCACCAAACCGAAAAUGACCUCCAAGAGCUGGCAUAAGGCUGGAAACAAGAACUCACAAAGCCCUGUGGGCAAGCUACCAACUCUGGGCAACCAAACUGCAAGCAGGAAACCUGUCGAUCCUUCAGCAAUUUCUCAGCAGAACACAAGACAAGAAGCCCUCAAAUUUCCUCCUCUGGUAGAUGCAAAUACAUUCUCUGAAUUACAGAGACAUCAACAGCAAAGUCAGGAAAAUAUUACUAUCAUAGCAAGGAAAAAAGAAAAGCUUUUAAAAAAUACGUAUCUCCCCCAGCUCCCGCUCCCUCCAGUUUCAAGAGUGGCCUAUUCACACCCAUCAUUUUACUAUGCAACACCCAGUGCUGACUGGGUAUUCAAAUCCUCCUUCGCCUCUUUCUCAGAGCACAGUGGGAAGACACCAAGGGAGAACGCCAUCUACUGCUUAGCUGUGGCCAGUUCCUUUAAAGAGAAACGAUGGCUUCAGCAGUUAGAAAUAGCAAGAGUUCUAGCCAGAAAGAGCAUCUCUAACCUGACUACCCAAGGCGGCCUGACAGCAUGUGAAAAUUCCCCAGAAAUUAUGCUUUGAAGUCAAAACAACCCCAGUGUGGGCAAAGACCUGGUCAAACUGUAACUCCCAGUUCUAAUGUUAACAUUUCUAAUAACUAAUGCUAUAAUUUCUAGCAACAGUUCUAAUGCUGCAUCCCUAUCAACAGGAUAUUCCAUGUUUAA